AUGGAAACCCCGGUAGCCGAAGAUUCGUUGCCGGCCGAGACCGAGAAUCGCGGUUCUAGUGAUGUACGAUAUUGUCUGGUUAACGGCAACGGAGACGAUAGCAACAAUGGCGUACAAGAUGACGAAUCGACCAGAAAUCUCGAAGAGAUCGUGCGGCAGCAAAAGGACGAGCUAGACUACUAUCAGCAGCAGUUGACUAUCAACGAGCACAAAUAUUUAACGGACGUCAGCAAUUUGCAGUCGCAGUUGCAGUUGUCUGUCAAGAUGCACGACUCGGCCAGACACGAGAUGGAAGCGGCUGUCAUGCGGUACGUACAAAAGGAAAAAGAAAUACUGGACUUGAACACGGAGAUAAAAAAACAUUUGGGUAGCCUUAAGGACCGGGAUAAACAGAUUGUACGAUUAAAGACAAACUCCAAGGACGUGGCCAGUUUUACGAGCACUAUAGAAAUGAAAAACAAGGAAAUCAAGGAGUACAAGUCUAUAAUGGAAUUGCUGAAGGAAGAGAAAUGGAGGAUUUCAAAAGAUCUGGAAUACUGGAAGACCAAAUACGAAAAUAAUUCAAAAUGUUCAUACGAAACAGAAAGCAAAUUAUUACACGAAAUCCAAGAGCUACAAACCAAGUUGGAAUCCUUAACCAAAGAAAAUGAAUCAUUCAAUGAAGAAAGUAAUCUAGAAAAUAUUGUACGGAACAGCCAGUUAUACUCGGAUUUAAAAAAAUGUUCGGAACAACAAUUACAAGAAGUGUCCCAGUUAAAAUUUGUAAUUGAAGAACUGAAUGAUAAACUGACCGAAUGCACGUCAACUGUAACUCGUUUGGAAAAUGAAAAUAUCGAUCUUAAGACUCAUAUGGAAAGUUGUGAAAUCAAGACUAACGAGCUGCUGGUGUUCACUGAAAACUUGAGUUCGCUGAAUGCAUCGUUACAGUCUGAAUGUAAAAAUUUACAAACAGCUUUAGACAAAUCAAAAAUUGACUGUGAUUCAUUUAAGAGUAAAAACACAGAGCUCAAGAAUGCAUUUAUUGUCCAAAAAAAUACUGUAACUAUUGAAAAAGAAAAUUAUGAUCGCGAUAAAAGAGAGUUAGCUGGCCAUUUGGCACAGAAAAUGCAAAUGAUUGCCGAUCUGAAGACUGCACUGGAGCGUACUCAGGAUGACCUGCAUGUUUCCAAACGAAAGUUCAAGACCACGGUGACUGAACUGACCAAAGAGUUACAGAAGAAAAAUGUGGUGGACACUUCGGCGGAGAUGAAAAUGGUGUUGGAUAAGAUGGUCAAACUGCAACAGGAGAAUGCUAGGCUGUGUGAAAAAUUAGAUUUUGUUGAAGAUCAUAACAAACAUUUGCUGUGCGAACUCAAACGAAAAAGCAGUAUUAUGCAAAAACACGGACUGUCUAGUAAGAACAGCAUGGUGUCUGCUAACACGAGCGAUUGGAAACCAAAAAGGUAUUGA